AUGAGGGAAGUCAACUUCAGCAUCCCCAACGUCAACAAGGCGUCGGUUGGCAUCACCACCGCCCUCUACGACCGACGGGCCCUCGACUGCACAUCAACUCUCCCCCUGAUCAACUCGCUCAACCAUCUCGCAUACCUCACCACAUCAUCGGCUCGCAUUCGCGACAUCCUGACGGUCGAUGGGGGCAUCGAGAGGCUGGUCUGCAUCCUGAAGCAGGGCCGGAGCAAGGACAUGAUGGACAUGUGGAAGUGGAACCUCGCCUUCCAGUGCGUCGUCAAUAUCGGUGUUCGUGGCACCGAAGGCGUCCGCACUCGGGUCGUCGAGGCUGACAUGGUCCCUGUCAUCGCUACCAUUCUGGACAACUACAUCAAGGUUGUCGAGAAGUGCCGGGAGAAGGCCGAGGAGGCUAAGCAGAAGCACUACAACGACCACCACCAUCGCCACCGCAGCCACUCCCACCGGGACCCCUCCUCCAAGUCCUCCUCGUUCACGAACCGCUCAGGCCGCGCAGACAUCGACCAGCGAUCCUUCCGCCGCCAGGCCCCGCCUCCCUCGAUCGACGUGUCCGCCGCCACCUUUGCCGGCCCCUCGACAGCGGCCGCGAGUGAGCACGGAAACAACGACGCCACGAGCACCCCGUCCAUCACCCCGCUCCCUACCACCUCGCCCCCGGAACGGGCUACAUUCUCGGGCCACCGACACCACCAUCACCACCACCACCAUCACAGGCACGAGACUCGCCAGAAUGUUGCUUCGCCGUCCCGUCCGGCCAUUCAGCCACUAGCAUCUGCCGUGCCCAACUUGAACAUCGAUGGUACUCCGGAGGGAUUCAUCCGGCCCGUCCGUGACAUUGAUCGGCUGCCGUCCAUGGUUCCUGUCUUCCCUCACCCGAACCUCAACAUCUCGCAGCCGGCGUCCCCCACGACUCCGCUGCCUCCGCCCCAGGUGCGCUCGCCCGCCGUGCGUCCCGCUUCGGCCCUCGGCCCCAACGGACGAUCGCGAAGACGCCCUUCGAUCAGACACCAGAACUCGACAGCCGAUACGAUGGCCGACACCGAUGAUCUGAACACGGAGAGCGUGCAGUCGGACGAGUCCCAAGAUGCGGAGAUGUCAGGGACCAACGAGAUUCAGCCUGCCGUAGGCAUUCAGGAUAUCGCCAUGGAGGAGGGCGACAGCACGCUGGCUGGCGCUGCCCUAGAGCUGACCACGCCGACUGUGUCCGAGGUCCCGGAAGCCGGCACCUUCAACAUCACGCACCGUGGUCCUGUGGAUGGGAGCAUCCCCAACAAUGCCCCCACGCCGGUCCCGACUAUUGGCCUCUCCCCCAACAGACCCGUCAUAGCUGCUCCUCAGCCCGGCUUGCCCAACCACUCGAGCGUUCCUCGAUACCUCUUGGACCGACCUCUUCCCCCCAACCCGCAGAUGCUGGCCGCGAUGCCCAGAGAAGAAGACGUUCUGAUGUCCUUGCAACUGCUCGCAUACGUUUCGAAAUACUGUAACCUGCGGUCGUACUUCCAGAAGAGCCACUUGGUUCCUCGCCUUAAGAUUGGAAAGGAGCUGCAGCUCCUGGACGGCGACAACGUUACACCUGAGUCCUUGGAGGAGGAGGACUACGAGGAGGAGUACCUUCUGCCCAACGACUUCAACAUCUUCCCGCUUGUGGAGAAGUUCACCGUGCGAUACCACAGCACCGACAUGCAGUACUGGGCUGGAGUGGUGAUGCGAAACCUCUGCCGCAAGGAUGAUACUCGCGGCGGCAUCCGACAGUGCGCCUACUAUCAAUGUGGUAAAUGGGAGGAGUUCACUCGGCAGUUUGCUAAGUGCCGUCGGUGCCGCCGAACGAAGUACUGCAGCAAGGAGUGCCAGAAGAGUGCCUGGGCAUUCCACCGUCACUGGUGUGUCCAAGCCUCGCAAUGA